GAGGUGUGUCUGCGCUUCUCGCUUACUUGUAAGUUGGAGUCUCCGAGUGGAGGAACCUCGCAUCCAAACGCGCUCUUCUUGUCUACUCGUUCGUUGGAGUCUCCGAGCGCCAGGAACGCCGCGUGUGUGUUGUCCGUUGUAGUGCUUCGCGCUUGUCAGUGCGUCGGAGUCUCCGAGCACACACCCGGAAUCCUGCGCGCAGGUCGUCGUUGGAGCGUGUUUAAACACGUCCCGAGAUAAAGAGAGUGUGUGUUCCUGUGGGGCCCCAUUCGUGAUAAGGGUCGAUGGCGCCAGGGAGGCGCUGAGGAACCCUCCCAAACCCCUUCCCCCCGCACCACACCGCCCGCCAUGACGCCCGCCGGCAGGAAGUCGACGCGGCGGUGCCCGACGAUCGCUAUUCAACUCGCGUCUCCCGGCCGAGGGGACGCGCCCGGCGUGCCAACUCGCCUGCGCGUCCACCGCCGGCGAUAAGCCCCUCCGGUACCUGCAAGAGGAGGGGGAGAAGCGGUGCGAGCCAGCUCGACUCUCGGGGGCCAUUUUUUCGGGACAUCUCACCCGACGAUGACCCUGCGCGCCGUCGUGGCGCUGCUCUGCUGGGGCCUAGCCGCCGCCGGCAAGGACUCCCGGGCGUGCUUCGUCGGCGUCAACGACAGCGAGUGCGGCGACUGCGUCUUCGGCGACGCGCGCGGCUGCGGCUGGAGCCCCGCAUCGCGCCUCGCUGACCAUCCACGCGGCGGAGGGGCGGAGCUCGGGGAGGAGCUGGACCCGGGGCCCACGAGGGCCCUCAUGGACCUGCUGCGCAGCAUCCCGGUGCACGCGCCCUCAUCGCCCGCCGUGAGCGGCCCCUGCCGCGCCGACAGCCAGCUGCUGGAGCGGGAGGCCCGCCGCUUCCGCCUGUGGGCGCUCAAGAUGGCGGACGCCACGGCCAAGCUGCCGUCGGGGCUGCUGAACGGCAACGUGAACCAGUUCGGCGACUUCGACCAGUGCCUGGAGGUGCACCGCGGCGCAGGGGCCCCGCUGACGGCGCGCUACUGCCUCGCCUACUUGGACGUGGAGCCGGCGCCCUGGGCCUCGCCCGCCGUCCGCGAGGUGGACUCCCUGCUGCACUCGCACCACGCCGUGCGCAGCAGGUUCCACGACCCCGGACACCGCAUCCCCAGGUUCUCGCUGGUGAACUGGGGGUUCUGCGUGCCCGACUCGUGCGGCGCGGCUGACCUUGAGAGCUGGCUGCAGGACGCCUUCUCCGCCGUCAACAACUCCACGGAGCUGCGCGUGGCGGCGCGCGUCGACCCGGCCAUGUGCUACACGCGCGAGGCGCCUUCGCUGACCUUCACCGCCGCCGCCGCCAUGUUAUUUUUCCUUGCCAUCAUCUGCGCUGCAGUCAUCGGGACUUGGUGUGACUACGCCAUUCCUGCUCGUCAGACUGAAAGCAGGUCGCUGCAGGCGCUGAAGGCGUUCUCGCUGCGGAGGAACUGGCGCCAGCUGACCAGCACGCAGACGCCGGCCGACGACCUGCGCAGCGUGCACGGCCUGCGGGCCAUCAACGCCUUGGCGCUCGUGCUGUUCCACAAGGGCGCCGCCUUCCAGUUCAACCCGUUCGUCAACCGCACCGCCAUGCAGUCGACGCUGGGCAUGCCGUGGUCCAUCAUCGGCCGGAUCUCCAUCAUCUACACGGACUCGUUCAUCAUGUUCAGCGGGCUGCUGACGUCCUACAGCUUCGUGAAGGAGCUGGACGAGCGCGGGCGCCUGAGCGUGUGGGAGAAGUACUGGUCCAGGUACAUCAGGAUCACGCCGAACCUGCUCGCCAUCAUCCUGUUCUGCACCUACGUGAUGGUGCACCUGGGCUCGGGCCCCCAGUGGAACCUCGUGGUGAAGCACCACUCGGACAUCUGCCAGCAGACCAUGUGGAGGAACUUCCUCUACAUCCACAACUACUACGGCUUCCAGAACAUGUGCCUGACGCACACGCACCAGCUCGGCAUCGACAUGCAGCUGUUCGCGCUGUCGCCGGGCUUCGUGUACCUGCUGUGGAGGAGCCGGUGGCUGGGGCUGUCCGCGGCCGCGCUGGUGGGCGCCUGGUCCGCCGCGCUGCGCUACGCCGUGUCCAUGCGCCACGGCCUCAGCACCGUCGUCUACUUCGGCGUGCCGGUGUCGAAGUUGUUCGACACCGCCAACAUGUCGUACGUGCUUCCGUCCCACCGCAUCACCGUGUAUCUGAUCGGGAUCGUGCUGGGCUACUACCUGAGACGCGCGAAGAAGGUUCACAUGACCAAGGCCCAGGCGGUGCUCGGCUGGGCGCUGGCCGUGGUCCUGGCGCUGACGGCCAUGUGCGGGCCCUACCACAUGGCGCGCCGCGGCUACCGCUUCGAGCCCAGCGACGCCGCGCUCUACCACGCCUGGUCGCCCGUCGUGUGGAGCGGCUUCCUCGUGUGGGCCAUCGUGUCCACGGAGAGCGGCUACGGAGGACCAUUUGGAGACCUGAUCUCGUGGAAAGGUUUCAUCGUAUUCACACGCAUAGCAUACGCUGUCUACCUCACUCAGUUCCCGGUGUACUUCUACAACGUGGGCACCAACAGGCAUGCACAGUACUACCAUCCUUUCAUGUUGUUCGAGAUGGGCGAGGUGACGACAAUCCUCCUCGCAUCCGUGGCCAUGACCUUGCUCUUCGACCUCCCCGCGCUGCAGCUGAAGAGGAUCCUCUGGAGGAGAAAGCCCGCGGCGGUCGUCGAGGUGUCUGAAGACGAUCAGCUGGCGAGGUCCACCAGCUCUCGAGGAUGAGGCUGGCCGCGGAUCCGUCGGGAGGUCGUCGGAGGUCGUCGGAGGUCGUCGGAGGUCGUCGGAGGUCGUCGUCCUUCGUCGCGCACGCCGUCGGCGAACCACCGCAUCACUGCAUCACUAGUCACUGCGUGGAGCGCGCACCGCUUCGCUGUCGUCCAGAAGAUUUCACCCCCCCCCCCCCCCCCUGAUGUGCGCGCGGCGGUGAACCUCCGAGGAUCAAACCGAAAAAAAACAUCGACGAGUAAAAUUCACCUUCUCUCUCUCUCUCUCUCUCUCUCUCUCUGUGUCUCUCUCGCUUGGUCUGUAAAUGCUUUUCAAAAAACUUUUAUACCUGACUCCAAUGGGUCGUUACCACAACGCCGAACGUACAAUAACGCCGAAUGCCAAAUUGACCGCAACGCCGACAGCUAGAAAACUGCCGUGUACCACAACGCCGAAAUACAUGUAACGCCGAAAAAUGUACCACAACCUAACCUAACCUAGGUUAGCCUAACCUAACCUAACGUGACCUUACCUUACCUUACCUAACCUUCGUGGCAGUCCUGCAAUUACAUUUAUCGGCGUUAAUGUAUUUCGGCGUUGUGGUAAUUCGGCGUUGUAGUACACAGCAUAUUUCUAGCUGUCGGCGUUGUAGUCAAUUUGGCAUUCGGCGUUAUUGUACGUUCGGCGUUGUGGUGCGUCCCCAACUCCAAUCACCACGGUACCUUUAAGGAUAGAUUUGAUUAAGACGUAUUUAACCAACUUCACCUCACUCGUCCGGAGCAUAUGAUUCAAAAAAUCAAACAAAACAUUUUAUAUGAAUUUCAACUUACAUUAUUUUUUUAUUAUAUAAAUUAGAUUGUUUUCUUUUUCAGUAGCGAUCACUAAGUCAACAGUAAAAGAAACCUUUUCGUUUUCUUCCAAACAAUCCCUUUAAAUUCCUUGCAACAAAAGUUAUUUUCAAUCGUGAUACAUUAUUAUAACCACCCGUAAAUCUUAGUUGCAGACAAUGUAAAUCGUGCAUCGUUGUUGAAAAAAGUUUUCACGUCCUAAAAGAACAUGUGUAAAUUGACGUAAGAAAUUAAAAUUAGGUUUUACACGGAGAAGGAAAAAAAAAAACCAAUUCCAAGAAACGAUGAUGUGUUUUUUUAUUAUUAUCUCAAACCUUUCUUUGUUAGUAUUUAGAAUGAAAUAGUAACUUACUUCCGAAGACUAUGUUCGUGCCAUUCAGAAAAAAAAAGUGUGUAAUUGAUUAUCUUUUUAACUGUUGUACUAGAUUCAAUCAAGCCAAAUCCGUGAACAUGCGUUGUGUUUCGUAUGUUUUACAGUGAAAAAAUGUAUAUUGUUAUCUAUUUUAAACAAAAAGGAUGUGAAUUUAAGAUCAGUAAAUAUUUUAAUUGUGUUUUUUUUUGAUGAAAGAUUUUGUCAUCAGUAUAAAGCAUUAUUUAAGUGGUAAUCCCUACCUGGCUUGUUUGUAAAAAAUAUAUAUAAAGAUUUGUAUGAAACUUAUCCUAAUUUUUAGAACUUGUUAAUGAAUAAAAACUUGCUACGUUGUGAAAAUGUUUAGCAAUUGAAUGUUAUUUUUAAUUUUGUGUAUGUGUGUGCAACCAAAUAAAUUGCUCAAAUCAA